AUGAUGGAGCAGAUCGUGAAGAGGAAGAAGAAAGGGAGGCCGCCGAAGAUAGAUCCCGGCACCAGAGAUCUGCCGCCACCGCCGCAGUCGGAGCGAGACCUCCGGCGAAGCCUCCGCCGCCGGAGUGUAAAGUACGUCUUCGACCUCGACGAUUACUUCGACGAGGAUGAGCUGUUCACUGAUGAAGAGGACCAGCUCCGUAGGGAGAAAAAACUGGAGCACCUGCUCAAGCUCCAGACCGGCGGCGAGUCGGAGCCGACCACCCUGCAGAGGAGCCGGUUCCGGCGCGUGGACCACGCGCCCGCCGCGUCAGCAUCUUCAUCGGAGGACGACGACAGGCCCUUGAAAAACCGGAGAAUCAAUGGUUACUUGGGCAGGGACGUGGAUGAUGAUAAUGAUUACACAAACGAGGAAGAUAACUACAAUGGCGAAGAAGAAGAGGUUGGAGAAAGAAAGCUGGAUUCGAAAGCAGAGGAGUCACCUCCAGGGACACCAGCCAGGGGACCAUUUGGGGUCCAGCUGCCAGAUAUGAAGGCCUUGGAGUUAAUUUUGGACAAACUUCAAAAGAAGGAUAUUUAUGGUGUUUAUGCAGAACCGGUUGAUCCUGAAGAACUUCCGGAUUACCAUGAUAUAAUAGAAAAUCCAAUGGACUUUGCCACCGUGAGGAAUAAGCUGGGAAAUGGAUCGUAUGCAACCUUCGAACAAUUUGAGAGUGAUGUUUUCCUCAUUUGCUCAAAUGCGAUGCAAUAUAAUGCACCGGAUACUGUAUACUACAAACAUGCACGCAACAUCCAAGAGCUGGCAAAAAGGAAAUUCGAAAAGAUAAGAUUAAACAUGGAACGCAUGGAGAAAGGGAUCAAACCUGAGCAAAAGUCGAGAUCCAGCUUUACUUUGAAGAAGCAGAUUAAAAGGCCUGUAGGUCGACCACUGAUGCAAGAACCAGUGGGCUCGGAUUUCUCUUCUGGAGCUACUCUUGCCACUGCUGGCGAUAACCAUAAUGUCUCAAAUGCACUUCAAACACCUGGUAUUGUUGAUGGGCCAGCUGAGGGUAUUUCGUUCUGCAGUGAUAGCAAUUUAGACAAGAUUGAUGAAUCAUUGCCAGGAAAUGGUACACCGUCUCGAUUUGGUAGGAAACCCUUUCUAUAUGAAGAAAACCGUCGUGCAACAUAUACCAUAUCUCUAUCUGAAGCUGUGGUCAACCCGAACUCGAUAUUCUCGACUUUUGAUGGAGAAACCAAACAGCUGGUUCCUGUAGGGGUCUAUGCGGAUCAUUCGUACGCGAGGAGUCUGGCCCGUUUUGCAGCAACCCUUGGGUCCGUUGCCUGGACAGUUGCUUCUAAGAGGAUUGAACAGGCUCUGCCCCAAGGGUUGAAGUUCGGGCAGGGUUGGGUUGGAGAGUACGAGCCGCUUCCAACCCCCAUAUUAAUGCUCAAAAACCACACCAUAAAGGAGCCUCCUUUUUUCGCCAAAGUACAGCCCAAUGCUCAUUCUAGGAAGUUGGAAAAAUUCCCUUCUAACUUGGUCACAGAAAACCCAGUCAGCUUGCCUUUGCCAGUAAACAAGCUGCCACCUUUUUACCCCGCCGUGAGCAAAACACCUCCAGUUGUAACUGCUCGGCCAACUGGAGGGAAUAAUAUUGCAGAGACUAAGUCACAGUUCUUUUUAUCUCCAGCGGCUGGCCCCAACGGUUCCCACAAUCCGAACUACCAGCAUCAAAGUUUACAAUCACGUUCUAUCUUUGAAACCAACAACAAAAAAUUCUCAAAGCACGUUGAGUCGAAUGGCUGUCCUCCUUCAGUACAUAAGAAUUCUACUGACCAUGUCGGCAACAGACAGAUUCCCAGAGGUUUGGAAGCAGAAGUUUCUGGAUCUCCACGAAACAUCAGCUUCCCUCCACCUGGACCUUUUAAACAGCCGGACCCCAAUGGGCCUGCUUUUCAAAGACAACCCGAUUGGAAAUUAGUUAACAAUUAUGGAGCGGAUGGCAAUACUAAAGUCUGCCCGCCCCCUGGUAUGGGAAAACCCACGGGCUAUUAUUCUCACCACGAGCCACGUCCGGGCCUCAGUGACCCUGUGCAGCUAAUGCAACAGCUGUCGGAAAAGGCUCGCCAAAGCCAACCGAAGCCUCCAAACCAGUCCUCUCCCAAGGCCUCCGCUGGAAACGACCUGAACAACGCGGCCUUAGCAGCUGCCCGUGCGUGGAUGUCCGUGGGGACUGGUGGUUUCAGGCCGCCUCCCGAGAACGUGAACAAGGUACACACAGACUCGCUUUAUAACACCACCCGGGAAAUGCAGUCACAGGCAUUGAGAUUCCAUGGGGAAUCUCAUGCUCCUAGGCUGCAGCACGCUGCACUACAAGAGAAGAAUAUUUCGAAUAUUUUGCCCGUUUAUGGUUUUGUUGGGCAAGGGCAGAUGCCCGUGAUGGUGGGAAAUAAUCAGAUCUUGCAGUUCCAGAACCAGCGGUCGGUUUUCCCACAGAUGGCAGGUUCUGAUAUGUCGAGGCUGCAGAUGCAGUCAUCCACCUGGCGGGGUAUCAGCCCCCAAAUGCAGCUGAUGCAAAAUCAGGAGAAAUAUCCCCCGGAUUUGAAUAUCGGGAUUCAGUCGUCAGGGUCGCCUGGGAGGCCGUCAUCGGCGUUGCUGGUUGACUCUCAGCAACCGGAUUUGGCUCUUCAGCUAUGA